AUGGCUGCAGUAACAAGGGCACAACUUUACUCUAACUGUGUUAUUUGUUAUACUGAUAACUACUUACCAGAAGUGUUGAUAGGUGAAGAGAUUGAAGAAUUGGAAGGCCAAGAUGAUCCUCCAAACUUAGCACAGCAGCUAGAAGACUUCAGACAGGAAUGGAAACAAGAGCUGAACAAGGGAAGUGGGGGAGGUCCGGAUAGACAACCUCAAAGCAAAGAGGAACGGGCUAAGAGUUUGUAUCUAAGAGGAGCUGAGGCGGAACAAAAUGGAGACUUCUAUAUUGCUGUGGGCUUUUACAAGAAGGCUAUCCAACUGGUGCCAGACAUUGAGUUCAAGAUCGACUAUACGACCACCAGGACACCAAGAGAACGUCAGGACAGUGAGUGUUCCGUGGAAAGCCUGAAGACUGAGGAAGAAGAUUUACUGGAGAAUUUUCAGAACAUGCAUCUGGAGGACAACCGGCUGUGCACUCAAGAAGUGGCACAAAAUUCAACCCAUAUAUCAGAGCUGCCUAUUGAGGUGAUAAUGUAUAUUUUGAGAUGGGUCGUAUCGAGUGAGCUGGAUGUCAGAUCCCUGGAAAUUUUAUCCCAGGUAUGCAGGGGAUUUUAUCUUUGUGCCAGGGAUGAAGAAUUGUGGAAAACAAUUUGCUCCAAGAUUUGGGGUGGUGCUAAGAUAGGGAAAGUCAAGAAAUAUGGAAACUAUAGAAAGAUGUACCUUGAAAGACCACAUUUACUAUUCAAUGGUUGUUAUAUCAGCAAGACAUCGUACAUACGAAAUGGAGAACAGAGUCUCGAUAGUUUUUAUCGGCCAUAUCAUAUCAUAGAAUAUUUUAGAUAUGUUCGACUCUUCUCAGACGGCUCGAUUUUAACGUUCUGUACGUUCGAUAGGCCGCAAGCAGCCGUACCCAAGCUACGGCAUAAAUGGAUUAAAGAAUCGGGUCUACUGAAAGGCCAGUUUAAACAAGUAGGAAAUAAGGUAAUAGCGGAGCUGGUUCAGAGCCGAAGCAACCAAAACCAGAAUAGUGGCUAUAAAUAUAAACGACGUCAGAAAAAUCAGAAUGACUGCAUUUAUAACAAUUAUCAUAUUGAAUUUGAGAUUAGUAGUGGUGGAAAAGGAAUUCAUAAUAUUUUAACGUGGACAAAAUACUACAUAUCUACUUUUAAUGGUGGAACCAACAAAUCAAGUGUGUCAGAUAUUGACCUGACUCCAAAAAUGUUUCCGCCAAUGAGUUUUUCACGAGUGAAGAGUUAUAACAACUAUUCAGAAGACCCGCUGUAAUUUUAUACCUGUCUCUUUAGUUUGAUUUUGUUAAUCAAAAGCUAAAACUGAAAUAGUCAAUCAAAGCUAAUUGUGCACUUCCACAUUUGAUUCAAAAUGUUAAAACUGGAAUAAGACUAGGUACAGGUGUCUGGGGCAGUGUUCGGAUGCGGGAUUAUCGAUACAAACGAAAAUGGAAGAAGUGAACAGGUCUGGACAUGGUGCAGACACGAUUGGCUUCUGCCAUUUACUACUCUAUCGAUAAUCCAGUACCAUACACCACACCAGAUCUCUAUAAAUCUGUGAAUAGAUGAGGCACGGUGU